UAUAUUGAAUAUUGGUUUUCAAACCGACAAACGUCUGAGGCUGACGGUAAAUGGUACUUGACUGAAUAUGAUGGAAAUUUCAAGAGACUGUUCGAAACAUGCUAAAAGAAUCAACAAACAACAACUUGGACUUGAGACGCUGAGGUGACGUCAUUUGGGAAUGGGAAUAGGAUUGUUUGAUCUUUCAACAUGAGUUUCCAAGCAGAAAUAAUGAAAGAUGACGUAUUUAGCAACAGAAAGAACAGAAGUCUGAAUCAAAUCAAUCAAUUAUAAACAGGGACCUAUAUGAUAAUAUAUACUAGUAUAUAGGUCCAUGUUAUAAAUCACUGCAAAAAUAUAAAAUCAGGAGAACAAUUACUUUCAUCAUGUCAAGUCAUAAUUCAGACCCUAAUCCUGAGGACUCUGACAUAGAAGAGGAAUCAUCAGGACUUUUUGUCUGUGGCGUGUGCUCAACAUCUUUUCCAAACAAAAGAAAACUGACAUUCCACAUGAAAAAGAAACACAAUCAGUCGUGUGAGAUUCCUGACUGUGAGUUGACUUGUUAUGUAUGUUGCAAAAAAUUCUCCCAACCAUAUAACCUGCAGCGGCAUAUCAGCAGAGUGCACAAGAAAGACAAACCCUUCUCAUGUGAUCGCUGUGGAAAAACUUUCUCUGACAAACGAACUAUGUUACAUCAUAGGGAGUAUCAGCAUUCUGAAUAUCGUUGUGCACUUUGUGGACUAUCCUUUGAUGAAAACAUGAAGCUUGAAACUCAUCCAUGCUGUGGAAUCUUCAUCGAAGGUUCGGAAAAGCCAUAUGGGUGCAAGACAUGUAAGAAAUGGUUUGGAAAUGGAAGUACCCUACACUUGCAUGUCAGAACGCAUUCCUUUAUAGAGGAAGAUAGUAAAUUAGUUACUCAUUAUACAUGUGGUGUUUGCACAGAGGUAUUCAAGACCAGAAAGGAAUUUAACGAUCACAUGAAAACCCACAAAAAAGAUCAAGACGAAGAAAGGAAAACAACUCAUGACAUUGUAUAUCAUGAGCUGGAAAAAAUUAUCGUAAAAAAGAUUGACUCAAAAAAUGGCAAGGUUCUAGUGGAAUGUGAUGUAUGUGGGAAAAACUUGAGUAUGAACUCAAUUCAUAAGCAUAAAAAAAUUCACAAUGGUGAGCUCAAAAUGUUAAGCUGCUCUGUUUGUGAGAAAGAAUUUACAUCAUCACAUAAUCUGCAAAGACACAUGAAUACUGUUCAUAUGAAUAAGAAGUCUUACUGUUGUGAACAUUGUGGGAAGUUGUUUGCAGAAAAAGCUACAAUGCUUUAUCACAAGUACACCCAACAUGCCAAAAAUGCUUGUAAAACGUGUGGACUUUCUUUUGACAGUAAGUCACAGCUUCAUAAACAUGAAUGCUAUGCUGUUCUCUAUGAUAAUGGAUCAAAGAAACCUCUAUAUGGAUGCACAAAAUGUAAGAAGUACUUUGUUCACAAAUGUAAACUCCAUCGCCACAUGAAAAAUCACAUUGACUCUGGCCCUAAACUUCUUUCUGCCAGAAGUAAGCGUUUAUUGGCAAAGUUUAAAAAUCAAGAGACAGAUGGAAAUAAUGAAACAGAGGACAAGACGUAUGAUGAAGAGGGGAGAAGAGAUUUUUCUUCAGACAGUAAUGAAGAUGACAAUAAUGCAUGCAAUUCCAGAGAAGAUCGUCAAGAUGACAUGAAAAUCCAUCAGAAGAAUUUAAAUACAGAAAGUGAAAUGCAUCCUGACUUGCCCCUAUUUCAGGAACCCAACAAAAUCGCUGUAAAAAAGAUUGACCCAGAGAAUGGUUUGGUACUUGUGGAAUGUGACAUUUGUGGAAAGACGCUCAGUAUUAAUUCUAUCCAGAAUCACAAGAAACGUCACAGUGUACAUAUGCAGAAUGAUUUCAAAUGCUCUUUUUGUGAAAAGGUAAUGUCAAAUCUACAUAAUCUGAGACGACACAUAAGCGCUGUACAUAUGAAUGAGAAGACUUUCUGUUGUGAAUAUUGCGGAAGGCUUUUUAAGGAAAAGAGUUCUAUGACAUAUCAUGUGAAUUCUCAGCAUUCUGAAGUUUUCUGUAAAAGUUGUGGACUUUCUUUUGAAAAUGAGUUCAAUCUCCAGGAACAUGAGUGUCUUGCUGUGAUGAAUGAAACUGGUGAAAAGAGGAACCGUUUUGGAUGCAAGAAAUGUGAAAAGGGCUUCAGCCAAAGAUAUAAACUUCAUCGUCACCUCUGGAAACAUGUUGGCCCUAAAAAAAUCUCUGCCAAAAGUAAACGUUUAAUAGAAAAGUUACAAAAUGAAGAAAUGGAGUAUGAAGAUAGCAGUUCAGAUGAAAGGGGGAUAUCCUCAGACAUGAAUGAAAUUAGUGACUCUGAAAUGGAUAAUGAAGAAAGAAAAGAAAGAUCAUCUGAAGCAAGAGAAACACCUUCUAUUGUCAGUAAUUGCACAACUCACACUGAUAACUCUGAAAAGAGAGCUGCCGGUGUCCUGUUUUGUGAGAUAUGUAAGGAAAUGUUUGUCUGUGAGGAUGAUUUUGAACAUCAUCAAAUGUGGCAUGAAGAUGUGAGUGUUAAUACAGAGUGAUCUUUUAACUCAGGCAGUGAUUGGUCCAUUGAAACAGAACAUAUUCGUAACAUUCCAAUACCAAGUGGUUCCAACAAUUCUGUUUAUAAAAGGACAGAUAAGCAUUAAAAACUUCAUGAUUUACCUAAGAUUUUGAAAAUGAAGGUUCAUUUUUUAAAGUUGAUCUCUACAUUGUUCAGUUCUCAAAUUUUGAUCAAACAAUUCAAGGGAAUUUAUUUUUCAUGGUUCAGUUAUGUUAGCAUUUCUUUGAGUUAGUAAAUUAAUGUUUUUGAAUUUAAAGCAGAGUUAGUUUUAAAUUGUUUUGUUUUUUUUGUAGCAUUUUGUUUAAAAUAUUUAAUGUUCAUC